AUGUCUCCAUCCGCAGCAAUGACGCUGCGCGACUCAUUCGGCGACCGCAAAAUGCCCGAUAUCUCGCGCAAGAUCACCGCGUGUGUUCUGUGCCGGAAACUCAAGAUAAAAUGCCAUAUGAAUGAUAAUAAGGCGCCAUGCAGUCGCUGUAAAGCUCGCGGGCUGGCAUGCACGGUCAACAAGAGCUUACAGAUGCUUUUGGAGAACGACGUGUCAUGGAAGGAAAAGAUGGAGGGCCGGAUGGCUCAGCUUGAGCAGGCUCUCAGGCAGAGUACCAAUCAGCCCUCUAUUGUUUCUUCAUUUGGUGUCAAUUACUCGCCACCGUCGCAGGGCCCUGCCAAUCUCGAAGCAGACAGAUCCAGCAUUGCACCUCAUACAUCUUCGGAAACAUCCAGCAAUGCCACAUUGAAUCUGUCCUGUAGUCUGGGAGCUUUUCCAGCGUCGUCAAUGAUUAGUCUCACGUUGACCGAUAUUGGGAGACAACCAGGACAGGUUUCCGAUCUGGUUUCGUGUGGACUGAUCCCGCACAAGGAGGCCGAGGACUUCUUCGCAUUUUACAGGCAGCAUCUAGACCCGUGUAUUCACCAUAUCAUUGCAGAAAGCGAUACAUUUCCAAUCAUACGAGCACGAUCUCCGCUCUUACUUGCCGCCAUCUGCACAGUAUCUGCUCUAUGCACUGGCUCGAAGCACUACGCGCAUAUACUCAAAUACUUCACAACCCAAGUGUCUGGAAAAGUAUUCUCAAUUAGGCACACAUUUGACGAUGUGCGCGCUCUCUGCAUUGGCGCUGUCUGGCUCAACGAAGUCUCGACAGCACUGAAUAGUCUAGGUAAAAAAGCCGUCCGAAUCGCAACCGAACUCGACCUCCACAGAUGCAUCACCAAAAUGCCACACACAAAGCGUGCCUGCUACGACCGCACGCGGCUCUACUGGCUCGUCUACUUAUGCGACCACCACAGCUCCCUCAGCCAUGGUCGCCCGCCACUAACCCGGGACUUUCAAUCAUUGCGUAAACCCCGCGAUUUCCUACAAAGCUACUUCACCAACCCGUCUGAUAUGACGCUUAUCAGCCAGGUGGAGAUGUGGUCACUCAGCAGCAAAGUCCUUGAUAUGUUUGGCGCUGAUAUUGAGUGGCAUGUUGCCAGUCAGCGAGGCGCGGAAUUGGCUCAGCUGAAUGAUUCGUAUGAGCACUGGUAUGUGGAAUGGUUGGAUAUGCUCUCCUUCAGCGAUGCAUCGACGACGAAUACUUUCUCGUGUCGAGUCUUCGAUCUUUAUUUCCACUCUGCAAGGCUAUAUCUCUACUCGCAUAUCUUCCGUGGACCGUCGCCGGAGGAAGAUACAAGGUCAAAAUUAUCGGCUGAGUCCUCGACUGGGGUGAAUCGGUUUGUUCAGGGAGCUCUGAAAAGUGCCUUGUCUAUCGUCGGCUGUAUAGUCGAUAACACCCAGCCGUGGCCAUGGCUUGAAACCCUUCCGGCAUAUCUGGGGACAAUGAUUGCUUUCGCCUGUGUCGUUUUGGUGAAAGCAUCACGGCACCAGGGAGACUUGUCCCAAAAUAUGCUGCAAAACGGUGUAGACAUCCCUGGUUAUCUCCGUCGACUGGUCCAAGUACUUCGGGCAUCACCAGUUGUCGAUUCACCGACUCGUCCUUUAUUGAAUAUUGCGCGGAGUCUGGAGGUAGCUACGAAUAGGCAGCAGCAGCAACAGCAGGAGCAUAAUCACCAGACUUCUUCUGCUUUAUCUUGGGACUAUAUCCCGGAUUUGGAGAUGGAUUUUGGGUGCUUUGAUCUGUUUACGAAUGAGGAAGCUUUGGAUUCCUCUGUCCAGGGAGCUGUGUGUACAGGGUUAUAA